AUGAACAUAACGCAGUUGGUGGCCACUUACCAGGAUCGCUCCGGCGAACAGAUGAAUCAGAUUAACGAGUAUGUGGCCCGAGCUCUGCUCCACGUGGUUCACACACAUAUCCUGAGCGUGACGCCGUCGCUGGUGCUAACGCUGUGUUGUCGCAACAAUCACACGUGCAACUUCUACAACGAAAUGAUGAGCAUCCUAUUUCGCAGCUGGGGCAUUGCGCCUGCGUUGCAGAUUGUCACCGUCGAACAGGGCGUGGGAAGGCAGCGUUAUGUGGCCGGGCGUCGGCAUUACAAUAUGAUCUUCACCGAUUCGUAUGCGGCAUUUGCGGAGAUCGAGGUGGAAGCGUAUUCCAAGGAGUACAAUUACAAUGAGCACUAUUACAUCUUUCUGCAGGCACGCGAUCACAUGCUGCUGAGCGAGAUGCGACGCAUCUUCGCCCAUUGCUGGCGACAUCAGCUCAUCAAUUGCAAUGUCCAGGUGCAGACGGCGAAUGGCGACAUCAAGUUGUACACGUAUUUGCCCUUUGGCGUUGGAAGUUGUGCCAAUAUGACGCCGACGCUGAUCAAUCACUACAACGGCAGCCAGAUGCAGCAUCCGCGUUUGUUUCCCCGCAAACUGGGCAACUUCUAUGGCUGCCCCUUGCGUGCCGCCUUGUGGCACAUGCCGCCGUUCAUCUAGCUGCAGGGCAGCGGCCCCGAGGCUCAUGUCAGCGGCGGUCUCGAGGGUCGAUUGCUGCAAACGCUUGCGCUGCGCCUCAACUACAGCAUCGUCAUCCAUCCGCCGCCAGUCGAGGAGGAGGAGCCCAUGAGCAAUGAGGCUAUCAAGAUGCUGCAACGCCAUGAAGUCGAUUUCUGCCUGGGCGGCGUGCGUCAAACGGUGCCUCGCAGCUUGGUGGCCACCUCGACGCACAAUUAUCAUCAGACCAGUGUGCGCUUUGGCGUCCUCGGUGCCAGCUAUAAGCUCAGCUCGCUGGACAUUCUACUCUAUCCGUAUCCGACGAGCAUUUGGCUCGGCAUUGGCGGCGUCUUUGUGCUCGCCGCUCUUCUACAGCUGACGCUGGAGCGUCUGCUGCCUUCGCAUCCGGUGCGUGAGUUCAUUGUGCAUCUGCUGAACUUGCAGCUGAUCUUUGUGGGCAUGCCUAUGAUGCAGGCACCCACGCGCUACAAUACGAAACGGAUUUAUUGCAUUAUGCUCAUGUUUUACACAUUGCUCAUACGUACCGUGUACCAGGGCAAACUCUAUCACUUGAUACGCACGCAUCAAUUGAAUCGUCUGCCGCAGUCCAUCGAUGAACUGGUGGAGCACAACUACACCGUCGUCCUGUCCAACGAGAUACAUGAGAUGCUCGCCGAGAUUCCCACUGUGGAAUUCAUGCGAUUUCAUCGUAUGGGCGGACGGAAUACGCCCAUGGAGAGCUUAGAGUAUUUGGCCGCCCGACCGUAUGAUAAUCGUUUGGUCGCCGCCGCUGGGCUGGAUUUCUUUUUGCGCUUCAAUCGCUUGGCUGCGUAUCAAGCGCAACUGGAGCAGGAGACGCCGCCGAGCUUCGAGCUGAUACCGCAGGACAUCAUUGAUCUGCAGUUGACGAUGUAUUUGCGCAAGCAUUCGUUUCUCACCGACGAGUUCAACGAUCAGAUCAUGUGGAUGCGUUCCGUGGGUUUGCUCGCCUUUUGGGCACGCUGGGAAUUGGACGAAAACUCUUCGGGCAUGCAGCUGGCGAACAACUUUGAAAUGUUUGGCCUGCAACAGUUGUAUGUCAUAUUCGUGAUGGUGCUCGUUGGCCUGUUGCUGAGCACGCUGCUCUUUGGCCUCGAGCUGCUCUCGAAGCGAUAUCCGCGUCUGCAGCGUUGGUUUUUAUCACAUUAA